CAUUGGCGGUGGCGGCAGGAGGCCGGGCCUGAGUGGCUGCGCGCCCGUGGGGCGGCGGGGGCGGGGCGCGAGCCGGGUGCACGGGAUGAUGCCGCUGCUGCUGCUGCCGGGGGAAGGGUUCGGGUCCGGGUCGGGCUCUGAGGGCGCGAGGAACGGGACGGCCUGGGGCGCGACGGCUGCAGCGACAGCACACUGAGCGCCCGCCCGCCAUGUCCAGGAAGAAGACCUCCAAGAGCAAGGGGGCCAGCGCCCCCGCUGCCUCCACACUGCCCGCCGCCAACGGGCCCCAACCAGCGCGCUCCGGGACUGCGCGCCCUGGCCCCGACGCGCCGCCCAACGGGCCCCCGCAGCCCGGCCGGCCCUCUCUUGGCAGCGAUGGCGACUUCUACGACGUCGCCUUCAAGGUCAUGCUGGUGGGGGACUCAGGCGUGGGGAAGACCUGCCUAUUGGUGCGAUUCAAGGACGGCGCUUUCCUGGCAGGGACCUUCAUCUCCACAGUAGGCAUUGACUUCCGGAACAAAGUUCUGGACGUGGAUGGCGUGAAGGUGAAGCUGCAGAUGUGGGACACAGCCGGUCAGGAGCGGUUCCGCAGCGUUACCCACGCCUACUACCGGGACGCUCAUGCUCUGCUGCUGCUCUACGAUGUCACCAACAAGGCCUCCUUCGACAACAUCCAGGCCUGGCUGACCGAGAUCCAUGAGUACGCCCAGCACGACGUGGCGCUCAUGCUACUGGGGAACAAGGUGGGAGGCCCCCUGGGCCUCAGGGCAGGUGGGGGGGCAGGGGCCAACCAUGGGCCAGCUGUUAAAAAGACCCUGUGCCUGGGCCAGGUGGACUCUGCCCAUGAGCGUGUGGUGAAGAGGGAGGACGGGGAGAAACUGGCCAAGGAGUAUGGGCUGCCCUUCAUGGAGACCAGCGCCAAGACGGGCCUCAACGUGGACCUGGCCUUCACAGCCAUAGCAAAGGAGUUGAAGCAGCGCUCCAUGAAGGCUCCCAGCGAGCCACGCUUCCGGCUGCACGAUUAUGUUAGCAGGGAAGGUCACAGGGCUUCCUGCUGCCACCCCUGAACCUGGCUGAGCUCAGUCCUCCGGAGGAAGCUGCCCAGCCUCCAGAAAGCUGCAGAGGGUCUCCAGGCCCUUCUGACUUUGUUGCCCUGUGGCCAAUGCUAGAGUGUUUCCAAGGGCCCCAGGUCAAGCCUUGCCCCUUCCUCCUCCCAGCAGCAAGCGGUCCCAACAAGCGGGCUUCUGAGAGCCCAUGGCCUGGGCACUGGCUGCCACGGAAAAACGGCCUUCUGUAACGGUGCACGCCAAGUGGACAGACCUUGCCAUGGUGCUCUGCUGCCCCCUCCUGGGCAUGCCCGGUGAGGCUGGGCCAGGGCUGGCACUAUGCAGUGCCUAACCCCCUAGAAAAGCCAUGUGUUCACCUGCACAGCUGCUCAGGCACGUAAGGGAGGACGCCGCCUGGGACAGAGGGCUUCACUGCUAGUCACAUUGUGCAUCUGUGUGUCCUGGAAGCUGCUCCCAGCCCACCUUCUAGGAAGCUCUGGCUCAAACAGCAGCAGGGUCUUCCUCACUGACCUCGGGGGAUGCCUGUGGCCUUGUGAUAGAAUGUGGGAAAUCACAUAAACGACAGAAAAGGGUAACUGCCAGCCUGGCCUGGCCACAGCUGAGGUCUGUGAUUUCCAAGCAAGCUCCACCUUGCACUAAAGUUGGCUUUUUAACUGCAAGCCUUUGUUUUCAGUCCUAGUGAAUAAAGUUGUGUUUUCUGGA